AUGCCUUCGAUUGGACAUGCAGAACACAUCUGGUCUCCAAACUACCGCCGUCACAUGGAUGCGAAUCAAUCCAAUGGUGUAACCAACAAAGACAUGGCCAUCAAUCUACUACAAACCCAGCUGGAAUUGUCUCUUAUAAGGGACGACUUCCAAGACCAGUUGUGUGAGCUCCGACAGGCUGUUAAUCGAGACUCAGAUGCCAUGAACCGUGAGGUCAAUGACGUUCGUGAUGGUCAGUUGGAUAUCUCUCAUCUCGUUGCUGAUCUUAAGGAUCAUUUCAUUUCUCUACAAGGAUCCUAUGUGAAGAUUGUAACAUCCCAGUUUUCAAGGCCAAAAAUUUUGUUUUUGAUUAAGUAA